CGGAAUAUUAUUCCCUGAGUCGAGUCUCUGUGUAAACACUCUCGAAAAUGUGGCGGCAAAAGACUUGUCCGGGAGAUCCAGAUUCUGAUCAAAGCAUUUCUGAUGAGGAAGAUUAUAAUGUUGAUUUGCGAGAUAAUUGUGUCUCAAUGUGUGGGCGUCAGGACAAAGAGGAAGGAUUACAACUUCAAUCACGAUUGGAUAUACUAAGAGGUACUUAUGACAUAAAUUAUGGAAGGGAAUUUAGCAGUUCAUCAACACAGAAACAAUCAAGUGUCUCUUGUGAAGAUGAGGUUGAAGUCCCUGACUUCCCUGAUGAGGACAACUUUAUGUUUUCCCGAAGGAAGGCAUCUACAUGCAACACAGAUGAUGAAGCAAUCUCUGAUGAUGAGGAAAACGUACUCCUAAAAGUUUCAGUCACCUCUGGUGUUAAAACAUUCCAUAAAGAUGGAGUUCAUAACUUUUUAAGUGGGAACCAAGAUGUGGAAAACUCAUGCUCCACAGUAGGUAAAGAGGCUGAGGCACCCAUCCAAUCUAAUGAAAUUGCUAUAUCUUCAUCAUCACAUUCUGCCUACUCCAAAGCAAACAAAUCUUGUAAAGGAAUCAAAAGUAAAUCCAGGCCAAAAUUUUCAUUCCACUUCCAGUCACAUAAGGAUGGCAAUGGUGUGCCAUCCAAGGUUCAUGAAGUACCUGAAAGGUUGGAAACAGCCAACUCUAGAGAGCAUUCAAUUGCCGAGCUUUUUGAAGAUUUCUACGGAGAAAAACCCAAGAAAUCAGAGAUUGUGUCUGCUGAAGUAGAAGAUCUGCAUUUCUAUGGUGAGUGUUCAGUGGCUGAGCUUUUAGAUGGGCUUCAGGAUAGGACUAGUCUGCUGAAAAGAAAUUCCAAGAAGUAUAGCAGAAGUAGAGGGGAAAAGAUCCAAGUUGUAAAGAAAAGUAAGUCACCACUGGAAGACAGAGCCAUCGUCACUGAAGACCUCCCUGAACGCAUGAGUGGAUCAAGUGAUGAUGAGGCCAAUCAUCAAAAUGUAAAAACUGCAUUCCCCGAGAUGAAGAGGCAAACUAUUGCAGAUAGAUUUCAGGAAGCUCUAGGUGCUACCUCAAAUGAUGCAACAGCCCUUGUUACUGUACAAAGAACAUCUGGAGUUGGGUUAUUUGGGAAGUUGCAGCAGGUCAUGCAGAGUGAGAAGUUGAAAGAUAUGAACUUUUUGAACUUACAGAGCAGAGCUAGCCCAAAUAAUCCAAGCUGCAUGGAUGUAAGAAUCCUCUCAAGAUACUUGGACGCAAAGUUGAUAGUUUGUCGUGUCUCUUCUGUGAAGGACAUUGAGAGCAUAAAAUGGCCAGAGUUUAACAAAACAACGGUAAAUGAUGGAAGAGAAAGGACAAUUAUUUUUAAUCCAAGAGUUUGCUGUGAUGUUGACCUCGAAGCUGGGAAGUCAAUUCGGAUUCACCCCCCGUGGAAAGAGGUUCAGGUCACGGAAGAUGGUGAGAGCAUUAUUUUAUGUACAUAUUUCUCUCAAAUUUCAAGAUGAUACAUUGGGGUUCUUUUUGGAGAAAGGAGUAUUACUUCAUUCCUUUUGCAGGAUACUGUCAUUAGGUUAGAUUCAUCCAGAGUCGUGCAGUUAUCAGUGCACUGAGGCUACUUUUAAUAGGGAGCACAAAAAUCUCUGCACUAGGGCAAGUGCGAAGUGAUCUUUAGCAUAUGGCCUCUCUUGUUUCCGGGGAUAGAGUGAAUGGUCACUCUGGGUUUAAAAACUUGUUAAAACACUGAGGGUAAGAUUUAUGGUGUGAAAUAGGUUGAGCCAUUUUAAUUCUGUGGUUUCAAUAUCUUCUGAUUGAUUUAUGGAACUGAACUUCUGCAUGAUCACGGAGUAUCUUGUAAAAAAUUUCUACUAUUCUCUUAGUCUCCUUUACUUAUAAUCUAUUAAU